AACUAGCUCGAGAGUCGGUCACACAAACGUCCGGAACGCCGCUGCCCUCUUGUACCCUCAAACCUUCUCUCACCUAAUUUACGAAGAACGACAGCCAUGCAGGAGAACACGCGGUUCUUCAUGUGGCUUCAACUUUUCUCCGCUGCUCUGGUGUUCGGGGUUAACGGUGAUUACUGUGAGGUGAAUGUCUGCAGUAAUGGUGGCACCUGUGUGACUGGAGCAGGAGCUCCGUUCAUCUGUAUCUGUCCUGACGGCUUCUCUGGAGAUACCUGCAAUGAGACUGAGACUGGACCCUGCAAACCCAACCCGUGCAAGAAUGAGGCCAUCUGUGAGGUGACCAGUCACUCCCGCAGAGGUGACGUCUUCAGCGAGUACAUCUGCAAGUGUGAGCCAGGCUUUGAAGGAGUCCACUGCCAGAACAGUAUCCAAGGGGCAGAUUUAAUGUCGAAACAAGACAUAAACGACUGUGCCGGCCAGCCAUGUGAGAAUGGAGGUAUCUGCAGGGACCUGGAUGGAGAUUUCAAAUGCCACUGCCCUUCACCUUAUGUGGGCAAACAUUGCCAACUGCGAUGCAUUUCUCUGCUCGGCAUGGAGGGAGGAGGUAUCGCCGAGUCCCAGAUCUCGGCCUCAUCAGUCCGCUACACCCUGCUGGGCCUGCAACGCUGGGGACAUGAGCUCGCCCGCCUCCACAACAAGGGACUGGUUAAUGCCUGGAGUUCUGCCACACACGACAGGAACCCAUGGAUAGAGAUCAACCUGAAGAGGAAAAUGCGUGUCACAGGUAUCGUCACUCAGGGUGCCAGUCGCUUAGGAACAGCUGAGUUCAUCAAAGCCUUUAAAGUGGCAUCCAGCCUCGAUGGCAAGACAUACACCAUGUAUAGAACGGACGGACAGGCAAAGGACCAGGUAUUUGUGGGAAAUGUAGACAACGACGGCACCAAGACCAACUUGUUUGACCCUGCAAUCAUUGCCCAGUACAUCCGCAUUGUCCCUGUGGUGUGUCGCAAGGCCUGCACCCUGCGCAUGGAGCUGGUCGGCUGUGAGCUCAAUGUGUAUUCAAACACUUCAGGUUGUUCAGAGCCAAUGGGCAUGAAGUCCCGAUUGCUGUCUGACGGUCAGAUCACAGCCUCCAGCACCUUCCGCACCUGGGGCAUCGAGGCCUUCACCUGGUUCCCUCACUACGCCCGGCUGGACAAACAAGGCAAGACCAAUGCUUGGACCGCCGCCACCAAUAACCGAUCUGAGUGGCUGCAGGUGGAUCUCCGGUCCACCAAGAAGGUCACGGGAAUCGUCACGCAGGGAGCCAAAGAUUUUGGCUCCGUCCAGUUUGUCACAGCCUUCAAAGUGGCUUACAGUGAUAAUGGACAUUCCUGGACCAUUGUGAAAGACGAGACCACGAAGGUGGACAAGAUCUUUCCAGGCAACAGCGACAACAAUGUUCACAAAAUGAACAUCUUUGAGCCUCCGUUCUACAGCCGAUAUGUUCGCUUUCUACCGUGGGAGUGGCACGAUCGCAUCACCGUGCGAAUGGAGCUGCUGGGCUGUGAUGAAUAAAAUCGCUGGUUUGAUUUUUUCCUCCAUCCACACCCCCAGCUCCUCUCCACCUUCUCCCCUUUUCCCCUCCCUCACGCUCCAGCACUGCACCUGCACUGCCUUGCUCUCAUCCCUAGGGGGCAGCAAACACCAGAGCAGCACAUCACCUCUAACCACUAUCACCAUGGUGUGGAUUGGGUUUUGUUUCUUGAAUUGCACCUAAACCAAAUCUGUGAUCACUUUAUCAACAGAUACGGUGUCUUCUUUGUAACCAAGCAGAGCUGAGGUCAGAUUUUUUUAUCUCUAUGUCCUGGCUAAAUCCAAGGUGGUGAGUCCUUCAUCCUUGUUUCAGAGGUCAGGGGUAGAAAUA